AUGGCCGAGCUCUUCGCGGUGGUGAAGACGCUGCAGGCGCUGGAGAAGGCCUACAUCAAGGACUGCGUCUCUCCCAACGAGUACACGGCCGCCUGCUCCCGCCUCCUGGUCCAGUUCAAGGCCGCCCUCAAGCAGGUCCAAGGCUCCGACAUCAGCUCCAUCGACGACUUCUGCCGCAAAUUCCGGCUCGACUGUCCGUUGGCCAUGGAGAGGAUCAAGGAGGAUCGGCCAAUCACCAUCAAGGAUGACAAGGGCAACCUCAACCGUUGCAUCGCCGAUAUCGUCUCC